AUGCAGCAAAACAAGAUCGCUGAUGGUCAAAGGACCAAGAUCAUCUACACCCUUAUCAAAGAAGCCAAAUACCAAGAAUACCAAUCACCCCAUCCGUAGGCCAUCGACCACCUCAGCUAUGAGCUGCAGUUUUGCCCCAGGAGCAGAUCCAUGUCGCUUCUCGCCUACUGCUACUACAUGAGCCAAGAUUUCCUCAACUCCGCCAGAGUGUACGAGCAGCUUUCCAAAUUCUACCCGGAAGUGACCGAGUACAAGCUGUACCUCGCCCAGAGCCACUACAAGAAUGGAGAUUUUGACCAGUCAGUCAUCAGAUAUGAGCAGGACGAAAUCCAGCAUGCCAAAUCGCUGCUCCGUCAAGGUACAUCAUGUGAUAAAGCCAACCAGGAGGACUCUGACAUCGUUGUCAACGAAGGAUGCAUUUUAUACAAAGAGGGCAAGUACGAAGAGGCAAGGCUUAAGUUUGUGGACGCCAUGAAUGCAAUUGGGUAUGAUUGCGAAAUCGCAUAUAACAUUUCCCUGUGCCACUACAAGCAGAAACAACUUGCGCCCUCUCUGAAGUACAUUGCUGAGAUCAUUGAAAAGGGAGUAAGAGAGCAUCCUGAGCUUGGAGUAGGAUCAUAUGCACCCGAUAUUGAAGUCAAGAGUGUGGGAAACAGUCAGACCCUCAAGGAAACUGCCCUCGUUGAAGCAUUCAACUUGAAAGCUGCCAUCGAAUAUACCAUCAGGAACUAUGCUGCUGCAAGAGAAGCGCUUCUGGACAUGCCGCCUCGAUCCGAAUAGGAACUGGAUUCCGUUACACUAUUGAACCAGGCAUUGAUGAACAUCGAUGAGGAUCCAAAUGGCUCAUUCAAAACUGCUGACGUCUUGGCUGAGAAUUCCGAGUUCACCUAUAAGAUGCCAAACAAGGAAGAUUUCGAGUUCAUCGACGCCAUCAUUCUGCAGAAGGCUUCACCUGAAGAGUCACUCAGGAAGCUUGAUCUGAUUGCCAAUCGCUAUAUCGAUUCAUUGAGGCAGUUCACCAAGAGCAUUCAGGAUGCAAGACUGGCCAAGGAUAAUGAAGGGAUCAAAAAAUCCCUCAAGGAGUUUGAUUAAUGCUUGGAGAAAUACAUCCCUGUGCUAAUGUCCCAGGCCAAGAUCUAUUGGGACAAGGAAAACUACUCCGUUGUGGAAAAAUUGUUCAGACAAAGUGCUGAAUUCUGCGCUGAUCAUGAAACAUGGAAACUGAACGUGGCUCAUGUCUUCUUCGUCCUUGAAAGGUACAACGAAGCUAUUCGCUACUAUGAGCCAAUUAUCAACAAAAACGCAGACAACAUGCUCAGCCUGACUGCUAUCGUCGUUGCUAACCUCUGUGUGAGCUAUAUCAUGGUCAACAAGAAUGAAGAGGCAGAGGAAAUAAUGAAGAGACUGGAAGCUGAAGAAGAAAAGGCUGCAGAAAUGGCUGAAACCGAAAAGCAGGCAAACCAUUACCACUUGUGCAUUGUCAACUUGGUCAUCGGUACUCUCUAUUGCUCCAAAAACAACUAUGACUUCGGAGUUGGAAGAAUAAUCAAGUCCUUGGAGCCAAUCCAAAAAAAAGUAAAUUAUGUUAUUUAGCUCAACACUGACACUUGGUUUUACGCUAAGAGAUGUCUCUUGUCCUUGCUUUAAGUGCUCUCAAAGCACAUGAUUAUUGUGAAGGAUACGACCAUAAGUGAAGCCAUUGACUUCUUGGACCUUGCUGACGAGCAUGGAAAGACUACACCAACUGUCUUCAAUCCCCUCGAAUAACUCGACGAGAAGCAUACCGUGUCAUACGAGGCAAGAGAACUCAAGAGAAUGUACAUCAAAAUGCGUUGA